GAUAUACUAUUUCCCGGAGACCGUUAAAUCUCAGUAAAUCACUUUGCCACAAAACAUUAGCCUCUGGUGUCUAUCGUAUUAAAAGAGUAUUAAAAAUAUCUCUGAGAAUCAACAACUCGAUCUUAAUUAACCCAUGGCUCCUCCUAAUAUAGCAAAUUUCUACAAUUUUUACUAAAGAAUAUCACCAAUGACCCCUAUUAUAAUCUUUCUCUCUCACAAUAUCUAUACAGCAAAACCCAAAAAUGGAACCUACGAUUGAUUCCUUCUCUCCUCUCUCAUCUCUCUGCUUCAAAGGUUAAAAACAUUGAGAAGAAAGAAAAAAAGAUAAGAAGCAACGGUCAAUACCUUAUCCAUACCAUUCGGAGAUUCUUCACCAAACGUAAAGCUUUAAUGGCCCAUCUAAUGGAGAAUCAUCCAUUCCUCAGGGGGUUAAUCAAGAGUUUGAUAUUCCAUUUCAAAAACUCACAUUGAUAUUGUCUCCACAAACAAUGUCGAUGUUUCCAUCUUUCCAAUUACUAGAGCUCAACAUAAUCUCCGCACAGGAUCUAGCUCCUGUCUCACGUAAAAUGAAAACCUACGCGGUGGCUUGGGUUCACUCCGAGCGCAAACUCACCACCCGCGUCGACUACACCGGCGGCGCAAACCCAACUUGGAACGACAAGUUCGUCUUCCGAGUCAGCGAGGAUUUCCUCUACGCCGAUACUUCAGCCGUCGUGGUCGAAAUCUACGCAUUGCAUUGGUUCCGUGAUGUUCACGUCGGCACAAUCCGUGUCCUCAUCAGCAACCUCAUCCCUCCAAAUCGCCGGCCUGGAUACCGAAGUAAUGACGAGUAUCGCCGUACUCCGCCUCCCGGAAUGCGAUUCGUCGCGCUUCAAGUUCGCCGACCGUCUGGUCGUCCACAGGGGAUUUUGAACAUCGGUGUGGGAAUCCUCGACGGAUCAAUGCGAAGUAUGCCGCUUUACACGAAUAUGGACUCGUCUGCAGUUGGAUACAGAGAUUUGCUCGGUGAAGAAGAUCCACAUUUGGAGAGUUUGCAUCUUAAUAGCUUCAAAGGAAGCUCGAAGAACCCUCAAUCUCCAUCUUCGAAACAGUACCAAUCCGUAGUCUCGAGACCACCGAUGAUCCGCCGUACAAAGAGCGAUACGAGCUCGAUGGUAGUUUCCGAUCUCCUGAGCAGAGCUGAGCGUAGCCGUUUGGCUAAUCGGAAGCCUGUGAGCGCAGUAGCCAGCAGCGAUUCGGAAUCUAUCCCUACGACGUCGGGACACCAUACUACGACGACGGAUUCCGACGAGACGAAGUCCAUCGAUUACGAGGCUCCUUACAAAACCCCCAAUAUCACGAGGCAGAGAUACGAUUCAUUCGAGCCUGAUUUUGUAGAUCAAACGCCAAGAGAUAAUCACAAUGUGAUUCAGCCGAGAAGUGAGAGAUACGAUGAGUCACCUUAUCGUUCGUACGAUCAUUCACGCAAAACUCCGAGAAGAUCGACGCCGAUGAUCGAGAAACCGAGGCCGCCGAGAGACUACGACCGGAGCAGCCGCGCUUCCCCUUACUUGUCGAGGCACGGGACGCCGUUGAGAUCGAACAUCGUCGCGUCUACUCCGAUCAGAUCUAACAUGGUUGCAUCUAGCCCAAUGCGAUCCAUCGGCGUUGGAUCGACUCCAAGGAGAUCUAACAUCCUCGCGUCGACUCCAUUACGAUCCAACAUCGUCGGAUCUACUCCGAUUCGAUCUAAUUACAUGGCAACGCCGAUGAAAUCGCCUCUGCAAUUUGGUACUCCGAUGAGAUCUAACUUGGCAGGACGACCGAUUUUAACCGAAUCUGAGUUAGGUCCGUCGCCUUCGGAAGUAGCGAAUAAGAUGGCGAAAGAGAGAUCGCAAGCCAACGACACCGAGAGCUCGAUCCUCAGCGAGUGGAGCCUCGACGACGAUAGCAACAUCGAAGGUCUCCGUUCGAAACUCGAGCGGUGGCGGACGGAGCUUCCGCCGCUAUACGAUCUCGGAUCAAGUCACCAAAGCAGCGAUGUAGGGAGCGGCGCGAUUGUUCCGGCAAACGGAGGCGGAGGAAAAAGCUCGAGACGAAAAACUCCGGUGACCGGGAAGAAGAAGCAUAAUCGCCGUCACACAGAAGGAGGAAACGGUCUUUUCUCGUGUUUUAGUAAUAUCUGCGGCGUGGAAUGCACUUUCGUAUGUGGAGGCGGGUCGGAUCCUGACGGGUCAAAAAAGAAAGGUGGGUCUAAGCGUCUGCCCCGUUUGGGCUCCGCCGAUGAUUUGAGUUAUUUGUGA